AUGGAGGAGCUUUCUACGACCCUAGGGAGCUCAACGAUGGUGGAAACACGGUUACAGGAGAAACGCGCACUCGCAGACAUCGUCGAGGAGCUGCGUAUUCGCCAGGAGCAACACUCGGAUGAACUCAAGGGCCACGUGGAAUCACUCGACGCUCGCUUCUCAAAGCUCGAGUCUUUCCUCUUCAUACACCUUCCCCACAGUUCCGCUCAGCAGCAACAACCUCAGGAACCAAGCCCGACCCCGUCCGCUAUGCAGCUUUCGCCGAGCUCCAGUCGACCACCAGAUCCACCCGAUCGACCUGGUUCUGAUCAGAUCCGCGCUGAGCGUAGUUCCGCCGAUCGGCAUCGUUAA